GGAUUUGGGCCUUUUGGGCCUCAUCUUCACCUUCACUUCUGUGUGUGUGUGUGCAUUUAACAAGCCCUCGUCGAAUCAUAGGGUUUAAGCAAUCAAUCACAGGAGCUCGCUCUAUGCUGUGAGCUAAAAACUUGUCUUUUGUUAAGGAGAGCAGAAUGAGAGAAAUAGUGACGAUUCAAGUUGGAGAGUUGGCGAACUUCGUCGGUUCUCAUUUCUGGAACUUCCAGGAUGAACUGCUCGGGUUGGCGAGUGACCCAGAAAGCGAUCCAAUUUUUCGAAACAAUAAUCUCAACAUGGACGUCCUCUACCGCUCCGGUGAGACCCAGCAGGGGGUUUCUACAUACACUCCUCGUCUGCUUUCAAUCAACUUCAAAGGGUCACUAGGCUCCAUGAGCUCACACGGUACCCUCUACAACCAAGGCUCUUCAUCAAGAUCUGAUUCCUCUAAAACCUGGUUUGGAGAUGUUGAUACUCAGAGAUCUGAACCUCGAAAAAGAAACUUAUUUCAACAAACUUUGUACGAGGAAGAAGCUCAAGCAGAGAUUGAAGACAAAGACAUUGUUGGAUCCUUGGAAGAAACCGUUGAAUGUUGGACAGACUUCUCCAAAUCCCACUACCACCCUCAGACCCUAUACGAGCUAAACGGCUUAUGGAUGGACUCUCAGGACUUCAACAACUACGGAGCCGGCAAAGACCUUUUCUCCGAGGCCUCACGUGGAGAGGAGAUAUGCGAUAAACUCCGCUUCUUCGUGGAAGAGUGUGAUCACAUCCAGGGCGUUAACUUCCUCGUGGACGACUCCGGAGGCUUCUCUCCUCUCGCAGGUGACUUCCUGGAGACGAUGGCUGAUGACUACACCAACGUUCCUGUCCUGCUUUACUCCCUGAGGAGUCCAGUGGCUCAGAAGAAGACGGUUAUAAACAAGCUUCACGACGCUGUAUCGUUCUCAAGACUCUCUUCCUUCUGUAAACUCUUCACUCCCAUUGGUUUACCUUCCUUGAGAGGGAUGAAGUAUCUUAAUCUUGGAGAUGAGAAGCCUUAUCGAAGCAGCGCAGUGUACGCGGCUGCUCUGCAUUCAAGCACACUCCCUUUCAGAAUGCAGCAUACAAGCUCAGAUUCAACUCAAGAGUCUAACGCUAUGGAUGUUAAUACACUCGUGCAGCUUUUAACUAACCGUGGUAGACAGAACAUAGUGGCGAUUCUUGAUUCCGCAAUGCCAGCUCCUACAUUAGCAGCUAAGCAAUUAGAGAAGACCCUUUUAACGAAUCUGCAAGCUCUAACCCCUGAAGUGGCUGAAGAUGUAGAAGACAAUCAAUCAGUUGAGUCGAUGUGUAUACUUGGAGCUCUUAGAUCAGAAGAUCAAGAAGCAACUGUUUCGGAAGUGAGGAAUGCUGUUGAUGCAUCUUAUGAUGAACAGAGUAGACCGUUGUUUUGCAAUCUCUCUGUCUCGCGUGUUCCUCUCCCUGUGCCGUUACCGUUUCCUUCUAUAUUUGGGAACCUUGUUGGGAGGAGAGGCGAGAUCCUGAGCUCUCCGGCGUCGGAUUUGAUGUGUAGAGGGUCGCUGGAUGUUCACUCGGUGCCAGUAGCAACGAGAUGGAGAUCUUCGAGCGCGGUUUUGCCGUUCUUGGAGAGUAGGAUGGUGAAUUUGGAGAAGCUUGGGAUACAAUGGGGAGCUGUGGGGUCAGAUGUGGUGAGGACGUGGGGGUUUGGGAGAGAAGAGUUGCAGGAGAUGAGGGAGAAUCUGGCAAAAAUGGUGUCUGAGCUUAGUCCUCAUCAGUUCUUGGAAUCUUCGGAUUCAGAUUAGAGUUUUUUUUUUUUUUUUUUUAAGUUAUGUGUUUAAAACGAAACUGUUGUAAACAUCUCUUCUCUGUUGUUUCCUUUGAACGGACUACCUGCCGUUUUUUGUUUUAAGAAGUGUGUAAUACAUGACGUGUUGUUAAGAACAAUGUGGAUUGCUAGUAACCAUAUCAAGGAAGAACGGACCGCGUCCAGCCCAUGUCCAAGACCGCGUCCAAGAAGGAGAGAGAGGCGGCCAAAGAUUAGGCCGACUAUAGAUUAGAAUGUUUCCUUUUCACUUCAUGUUUAUCUUUAAUUAGUUUUCCUUUUUCCUUUAGGAUAAAGAUUUGUACUCUUUCCUUUUAUCCUUAUCUUGUAAUCCCUAUAUAAGGGAACACUUUGAUUAAGUAAUAAUACACACACGAUUUCCCCUA